UUUUAGAGUGUCGGAUCGUCGUCGAGUGGUGCUAACAUGCUAAUAUGAAGGCUGAGAAUACUUGUCGUUUUAAAACAGAAAGCAAUGAGUGGAGAAGUUUGCAUUGAGAGGGGAGAAGCUGAAAAGACCAGUGUGAGACUCAUGUGAAAGUUUAUAACUUUAGUUAAAACUCUGUUUAGCUGCCUGCUAGCCCGCUAACAGCUUAUUGAACUGCUAGCAGUUCAAAAAAAGUUUGCGGAGACAGCAGGCGGAGCCGAGACAGGUCAGGCGUUAGACGGAUCCGUGACGGUGGCGGGUGCAAAACAGUCGCCGAUCCUGUCUGCCUUGUUCAGGAUGAGCCAGGACUCUGAGCUGCUGGGAGCCGUAGAGUUUAUCAAAGAACGCCUGUAUUUCGCCACGUUACGCAGUAAACCCAAAAGCACAGCCAACACGCACUACUUCUGCACUGAUGACGAGUUUGUGUAUGAAAACUUCUACGCAGACUUUGGGCCUCUGAACCUGGCCAUGUUGUACCGAUACUGCUGCAAGCUCAACAAGAAGCUCAAGUCAUUCACACUGACCAGGAAACGAAUUGUUCAUUACACCAGCUUCGAUCAAAGGAAGAGAUCGAACGCGGCUGUGCUGAUUGGUGGCUAUGCUGUGAUUUACUUGAAGAAGACCCCAGAAGAAGCCUACAGAGCUUUGAUCUCAGGCUCAAAUGCUGCUUACCUGCCUUUCAGGGAUGCUUCUUUUGGAAAUUGCACCUUCAACCUGACUGUGUUGGACUGCUUGCUGGGCAUCAGGAAGGCUCUGCAGCAUGGCUUCUUCAACUUUGAAGCCUUUGAUGUAGACGAGUACGAACACUAUGAGCGUGUGGAGAAUGGAGAUCUGAACUGGAUUGUACCAGGAAAGUUUUUGGCCUUCAGUGGUCCUCAUCCUAAAACUAAAGUGGAGAACGGUUACCCUCUGCAUGCUCCUGAGGCUUACUUCCCAUACUUCAGAAAACACAAUGUGACUACUAUCAUCCGUCUUAACAAGAAGAUCUACGACGCCAAACGCUUCACUGAUGCAGGCUUCAACCACUACGACCUUUUCUUCCCAGAUGGCACCACACCCAAUGACAUCAUCGCACGGCGCUUUCUGCACAUCUGUGAGAAUACAGAUGGUGCUGUGGCCGUCCACUGCAAGGCUGGUCUGGGCAGGACGGGAACUCUAAUUGGCUGUUACCUGAUGAAACAUUACCGCUUCACGGCAGGUGAGGCCAUCGCAUGGAUACGGAUCUGCAGACCGGGCUCUGUGAUUGGACCCCAGCAGAACUUCUUGGAGGAGAAGCAGGCAGCGCUGUGGUCACUCGGAGACAAUGAGCAUUCCCAAAAAGCCAAGCAGGAGGAGAGGGCUGUGCCUCAUCUCAUCACCAGUAUGGAGGAGCUCACAUUAAACCCUACACACAUCAACACAAACCCUAACGGCAACUUGUCCAGAUCGCAGAGCUCCGACCAACUACAGGAGGGUGAGCAAACAGACACUGGGCUGGGCCUGACUCAGGGAGACAAACUGAGAGCCUUAAAGAGCCGACGCUCCCCCCGUCCAGCCACUACUAGUGCCCUGAGAGUGGAGGAGAUAAAUGUGCACAGUAGAUCAUCCUCACAACCACUCAGACUGUCGAUGGGCGCCACUUCCCCAUUCAAGUCCACCAAGUACCCGACAUCCUCCAGUUCUGCUGCAGCCAAGAGGAUCGGGAAGAGUCCGUCAUCAACGAUGUCAAACAUCAGGAGCUCAAAUCUGAGCUCUCGAUUGGCCAGCUCUCUCAGUGAUCUGUACGCUGCUGACACCGAGAAGGACAGGAAGACUCUGUACUCCUCUCUUCCUCCCCCGUCCUCGCCUUCGUCUUCUCUCUCUCUAAGCUCCCCGUCAUCAUCUUUUACUCCACCAUCUGUCUCUCGCUAUGGUAAUGGACCUCGCAGCAUACAGCAUGAAGUCAACAACAACAUCAGUCUAUACAGCAGCCCUGCAGUGCCCCCAACAGGAAAAGGCCUGGUUCAACCAGGACCUCAGGACUUCAGGCCCUACAGGGGCCCUGGGCCCUACAGCGCAAUAAAGGGCCCCUCAGGACGCUACCUGAGCCGCUCUAUACCUUCUCUUCAGUCCGAGUACAUCCAGUACUAAAAGUACCCACUGACCUGAAGACAUUUUUCUUUUUUUUUUUUUUCCUCUCCACAACCCGGCUCCUAAAUUGGAUGUUCAGAGGGAACCUUCAGAUGUUUUCUCUGUCAGGACUGAAUCUCCCGUGAGGUGAUGGCUGCUUGUUCGUCAGACUGUGUAAAUGAGCUGUCUGUAAAUAAAUAGUCCGCACAGAUGAAGAUAUAUUUACAUGGAAAAUAUAUAUUUUAUAUUUGUGACAGAAAGUUGUAUUUUUGUUUUAAUGAUCAAUGUAACUUUUUAGUAAAGUGAGGGAUCAGCUGAUGACAAUUUUGCUCUGUCAUCAUGGUUACAGUAUUUCCGUCCGGCUUCUGAUAGGUUAACCAGCAUAUUGUUUGGUUGAUGUGACGAUCAGCCCUCUUUUUUUGUGUUUGUGUGUCUAAUUUAAUCUAAAGGAAUACCAUCAUUAAUAGCAGAAGAAUAAGGGACCCAAAAACAGAAUGUCAUUAACUAAGCUCAGGGUAUUAAAGUGAGAAUGGGUGUGAAUGUGUGUGUUGUCACUCACUGUACCUUAAAGAACCAGUUUAGUUUUUUAGCGUCAUGAUUGUAAAAUGAAACCUCACCUCUCUGAAUGAAUUUGUCAGACUGAAUUAAAAGUUUGGUAACAAGGCACCACUUCCACUUCAGUACAGUUUAGAACAACAAGAAGUUAAUUCAAGGCAAGAUUUCUGAUAUUUUGGCUGCCAUCUUUUCUAUACAGUCUAACCAGUAGAGCUGGAAGGGAAACAAUUUAAAGGAGGUGAACAGUAAAUGGAAAAUGAUUAGCAGGCAGUGAAGCAUGUGGUUGUAUAGUAAUGAGUUUAAACUGUGGGAUCAGGGUUAGUUUUAGCCAUGUGGACAGCAGACAUCAGCAGGCAUGCUCUUUACACUAGAAGCACUUGUUGCUGUCAGUAGCAUCAGGAAGCUCUGUGUUUAGCUAACGGUGUCAGUCUGAACAUGGAUUAGUGUGUUUAUGUGGCCCGCAGAGUCCUCUUUUUAGGAAUGACUGUGAUCUUCUGUGUUGUUUUAUGUGGAAAAUAAGUGCUCUGUAUUAUUCUAAAGGUUAUCGCCACAGGAACUUUCUCUAGGAAACAGGAAGUUACACUUACUUUCUCUGCUGGAACGUCCUCCAAGAAUGAGCCUCCAGAUUAGAACACCUUUUACCUCCGGAAUCCCCCGGGACUUUUUAAAGGUUUAUGAACUUUAGAAACAUAGAACCUUUUCUAGCACCUCAGGAUUUUAUUUUAAUUUAAACCCGCAAAAACCCAAAAUUUGGACUCCUGUGUAAAAUCUAAAUAAAUACAAUACAAGGAUUUGCAAAUGUGGUAAACAUAUUUUAUUCUCAUUAUAACACAGAAAACAUAUCUGAGAACAUGAGCUGAGAAAAUGUGCCAUUCAAGAAAAAUAUGAGCAGUGUCAGAAAGAGUGGGACACUUUCACAUUUCCCACAGUGCAGCAUUCCCUCUGCUUCCAACAGCAGUCUGUGAACAUCUGGGAGCUAAGCAGAGCUGCAGCUGGACCUCCGGGAGAGGAAUGUUGUGCCUUUCUUGUCUGACAGAGGGUUAUAGCUGCUCAGCACUGCAAAUCACUGCAUUUAGUCUUUAUUUACAUUUGCAGAGUCCUAACUGUGUCUUCUUUGGAAUUUGGACAACUUAAGCCAGACAGGAAUGAGAAGGUGUCAUUGCACCAUGUCAUUUCUAUCUGUGUGCAGAGGACUGAACGUGAGACCACAUCAGCUGACUAAUGUGCUUCACCUUACUGCUGCUUUUAGCUGUGAAAUACAGAUCACGCUGUGCUGGAUAAAACAAUGCCCUGUGUAACUUUCCUGAAGCUUUAAACGCGCUUGAUGAUGACAUCAGCACAGUGUUGUUUUCCUUUGCACUCAUGGUGUGUGUAAGAAAUGAGUUUAUAUGUCAUUCAUGGCAGAUUCCAGGGUUUUUAACAUACUCGUGGGCAAAUAAAAUAAAAGCUCCAGCUACCAACCCAGAGAGAUCACUCGUUCUGAAAUCUUUAUUCGAUGGUGAUGUCCCUCGGUCACAUGAUGGUUUAACUAAACUGACGUGAAGUGCCUUAAAUAUCUCAGAAAUAAUCGUUUGGAUGAAAGUCACGUACAGUUCUGAACAAAUUUAUGAGACCACCGGUUUUACACGAGAACAAAUAUUUCAGAAGUAUUUCACAAACUUGUUUAAAACUAAAAAUUACUGAAUUUCCUGAAGUUUUCAUACCCAAAGUUGAUCCAGGACAGUGGACUGUGAAUCGAACGUUUCAGCCACUGAAACACUUGGUCAGAGUUAGGUCAACUGUGACAAAACGUACACUAGAUGGUGGUCUAAUACAUUUGUUAAGCACUGCAAAUAUGAGCAAUGCAUAGAAGGUUUUUAUUUUUGCACAACUUGUUGCUGUUAUGAAGAAGUGGAAAUGGAUGUCUGAUGUGUAUUUAAUGUCUUACUCAAGUGUUUUACUGAGGGAAUGUUUAAAAAACGUUGUAGUUUCUUUUUUCUUUUAGCAGAGUUUCUGUAUGAGCAAUAACAGGAAAUAAAACAAUUCCUCUGACUCUGA